AUGGAAGUGAGCGAUAGUCUACCAAAAGAAAUCGAAGCCAGCUGCUCUGCUUUUGAAGCUAGUUUAGACGGCAUUAUGAAAGAGGUUACAAAGCUGACGGAGCUAUCACAAGAGGAAGUGAAGAAGCUCCCACCGUUGGAGCAGGCCAAAUUAGAUCUGUUAUCGCUUUACACAAUGAAUUCAAUGGCCUGGGUUUACAACACCGUCAAUGGCGUCGAUCCGAAACAGACAGCGCUCAAGGACGAGCUCCAAAGAGUCCAAGUCAGCAUGAAAAAGGCCCAAGAAAACCACGACGAAGACUUUCAUUUCGAGCACAGGCGACCCUUCAGAAUUUACGCUUGUCCGAAAUGCGAACUCGAGUUCAAGAACGCAUUUCUACUUGGGAAACACAUGAAGGAGUGCGACUUUGAUCCAGAUGAACCGACGAAGAAAAUUGAAGACUUAAAUACCCUUGAAAAAGACGUAUCGAAGGCAACACUGCUGAAGCAUCUUCAUUCGCCAUUCAAUGGACACAUUUACGAUGUGGCUUGUUUCACGAGUGCCGAUCCAGAGCUCCGAAAAAUCGGGGAAGAAGCUCGUGCGGCUAAGCAAAGGAUGAUGCUUGAGGAAUCAGCUGCUGAGAACAAAACCUUAGAUGAGAAAAAAGAAAGAAAACUGGCCAAGGAAAAUACUGAAACAGGGAAAUUACGAAAGGAAGAACGAGAGUUGAAAAAGAAAGAGCGAGAAGCUCAGAAGGAACAGAAAAGAUUGCAGAAGCAGGCAAUGAAGGAUGCGAAGAAGGCGGAGAAAGAAGCCGCGAAGGAAGCGAAACGAAUCGCGAGGGAAGAACUGAAGGCCCAGAACAAACUUCUCAAGAGCCAAGGACCUAUGCUACAAUGUCAGCAUCUUCCUACGCCGAUUAUUCUUCAGGGAACGCUGCUAGACGUGGCCCAAACAAACGGCAACGGAGAGAGUAAGAGCUGCUCUGAGAAAACAGAAAAUUUCGUGGAGACGAUGAAUGACUCGAUACCAUCGAUAGACAUCGACGAUGUCUGUUCCGAAGUGAUCAUUGAAUCAGAUGAAGUCGAAGAGGAGAACAUAACAACUGCCGAAGAAACGAGUCUAGAGACAUUUAGCGAGGCUGAACAGUCAGUUGCAGAAGCACAGAGGGAAGAAGAACAAGAAGUUAUUCUACAGGAAGUGAUUCCUUCUACACAUGCCCCAGGAAUCGCCUCAACUCAGAUUCAAGCUCACCAGCUCGUUCCCGUUUCCGCAGUGACUCAGCAAACUCUAGAAACUGCUUACACCCUUGUUUACCUUCAAAAUACGCCUGUAAUUUUCCCCAAUCAUCAGGCAAUUGUCCAGCAUUGUCCAAUUCUGCCCAGAGCUGAUCAUAAGAUACUUCCAAAGCCCAGUUCAGCGAAUGGCCAGCCUUCUGGAUUAGGAUCUGAGGCCGGUUCAAACAACUUAAUCAUGUCGAGCCAUGUAAAGAAUCCAGCAAAAAUCCAACCAUUCCCAACAGCUCCUCAGACGAUGACGAUUCCUUCGAUCGAGGACCAAGAACGGGCCUCUCCUCCCACCUGCAAGAUGGAUGAAGAGGCAGAUGAAAUGCUACGGAUCUUGGCGAAUGAUUGGCCGUCGUUGAAGCAGAAUUAA